AGGCGUUCGACGAAAAUGCCUACUUGCGGUUCUCAGAGCUGGACGCGCCCAAAUCGCGUCCUCGAGGUCACCAUCCACCAGGCUUGCUAUCCUGUAACAGAACAUGUGCUUCGUCAGGUUUUUAGUCCAUUUGGCGAUCUGGAGGAGGUGCAAGUGUUUGGGGGGUUAGACCAUGUGUCUGCUCAUGUUGUUUUCCUAUCCAAAUAUGAUGCUGUUGAAGCUUUCGGAGAGUUGCAUGGCCGCAAUAUAUAUGAUGAUUGUUGUCAGCUUGAUAUCCAGUAUGGUGUGCCCAGCGAGCCUGAUCUUUCCAAGGGCAACAACACCCAUGAGGUGGACGCCCACAAGAUGUUCAAUGGAUUGCCUGCUUGCAGUUCUCAGAGCUGGACGCCCCCAAGUCGCGUCCUAGAGGUCACCAUCCACAAGGCUUGCUAUCCUGUAACAGAACAUGUGCUUCGUCAGGUUUUUAGUCCAUUUGGCGAUAUGGAGGAGGUGCAAGUGUUCGGGGGCUUAGACCAUGUGUCUGCUCAGGUUGUUUUCCGAUCCAAAUAUAAAGCUGUUAAAGCUUUCGGAGAGUUGCAUGGCCGCAAUAUAUAUGAUGGUUGUUGUCAGCUUGAUAUCAAGUAUGGUGCGCCCAGCGAGCCUGAUGUUUCCAAGGGCAACACCCAUGAGGUGGACACCUACCAGGUGUUUGAUGGAUUGCCUACUUGCAGUUCUCAGAGCUGGACUCCGCCAAAUCGUGUCCUGGAGGUCACCAUCCACAACGCUUGCUAUCCUGUAACAGAACAUGUGCUUCGUCAGGUUUUUAGUCCAUUUGGUGAUAUGGAGCAGGUGCAAGUGUUUGGGGGGUUAGGCCAUGUGUCUGCUCAGGUUGUUUUCCGAUCCAAAUAUGAUGCUGUUGAAGCUUUCGGAGAGUUACAUGGUCGCAAUAUAUAUGAUGGUUGUUGUCAGCUUGAUAUCCAGUAUGGUGUGCCCAGUGAGCCUGAUAUUUCCAUGGUCAAGGGAAUCGCCACGGCAAGUUCGUCAUCAUUAUUGUUUCCUUCUUCUACUGUUAUCAAAACCUCCCUUGAUGACCUCAGUUCUGAUAUUCUACCUAUGGACGCUGCUGCAAGUGGAGCACACACAAAGGCUGCUAUUAGUAUGGAAGCACAGAGAGGUAUCAAUGCCAUUUUCCUGCCCGUCCCGGAUGUUGUGAACCACGAUGACGUCAAUGAGUCCCAGGCAUCUACAACACCAACACGCGAGCAGCACCAAGAUGCGAAUUGGGACAAGUUGAUGGAGAGACUGGACGUCUUGCAUGCUCAUGUGACGGACAUCGGCUCCACGCAGCAGCAAUUGCUGGCAAAAAUGAAUCUCAACUCACAAGAUGUGAAGCAGGCCUCGCAUGAUCAGCAGUUGAUGGUUAAACAAAUCGAAGACAUUGGAAAGGCAGUCGCUCGUCUCGCCUUAGAGCAUAUGGAUGCUGAGACAUUGUCCUCACCAAGAUCUCUAUCUCCACUGUUUUCCAUUCCUCCCCAACAGGAGCGGCCUUUCUCCAGUGUCCAGCCUCAUCCUCGUACUGAACCCAGUCACCAUAGGCCUUUUGGUGAUUCACACCACAACUAUACACCUCUGCCUGAGAUGCUAUUUCCAAAUUUUGAGGGCGUGGAUCCUAAAAUCUGGCUUGACAAAUGUGAAAACUAUUUUUGCAUCUUUAACGUUCAUGAGUCAAUGUGGGUCACUUCAGCCUCCUUACAUAUGGAGGGCAGUGCAGCUCGAUGGUGGCAGGUGUACAAGCAGCAAAAUGGAUUGGGAACUUGGACUCAAUUCAAGCAAGAGGUGGAAUCUAAGUUUGGCACAUAUGCGUAUAGAGAAGCUCUGAAUGAGUUGUUGGAGUUGAAGCAAACUGGAACAGUCGAGGACUAUGUCACCACCUUUGAAGCUCUGCAAUGUCAGCUUUUGAUGCACAACAAUGGAUAUGAUGAGCUCUUCUUCAUAUUCUAUUUUAUUAAGGGCCUCAAAUGGGAUAUCAAGGCAGCAGUUCAAGCUCAGGUGCCUGACACUAUGGCCAGAGCCAUCAAGCUAGCCAAAGCACAACAACAAAUUCUGGACAACUCUAAACAAAAGUAUCAGAAAUCUGGCAAAGCUCCUUUAGGACUUGGUAAGGUAGAUUCUAAGCUAAGUCCUCCUGGUCAAGCUCUCUGGAAGGAAUGGCAACUGCGAGAUUACAGAAGAGCGAACGACCUAUGCCUUUAUUGUGGUGAGAAAUUCGAUGCCAAUCAUAUUGAGCACUGCACCAAAGACCAAAGGCUGCGGGUGGCCAGCGGUGUUACACCUGCCAAGCUUUCAAACUCCACGGAUCCUGAGAAUAUCAACUGGCGAGAAAAGGAUGGUGUAAAUCUUAAUUCCAUUGAAGACAUAAGGGCAAAUGGGCCGCAAUCCACAAGGACGUUCGCAGAGAGUCUGCUGGCCUAUGGCGGAGAGACCAAGGGCGAUGGCGACCAACAGGAAAGAGCCGCAGAGGGAUCUGCCUAGCAACAGGCACAAAACUGCUGGGUUUUGCUAUCCCAAACCCAUGCCCAUUAAUAUAAAAUAUGCCCAUUAAAAAACCCAUGACCCGUUAUGGGUUUGAUUUUGUGCCCAAAUCCAUGCCCAUCGGGUCACGGGUAUUUAACGGGUUGCCCGUGCCCGUCGCAACAUGUCAUAAGAUGGUCAUCCAGUCAAGUGAGCAAGUCUACUCUAUAGUGCACCAAAAUACUUAAAGUUGAAUCAAUUGGCAAGGUGGGAUUCAUGUUAUGUGUUAUUACACCUCCGCACUAGAAAUUUGCGAGUUCUGAUAGAACACUCACCUCUAGCAUGCACUGGGCCAUGACCUGCUAAUACUCGGUGCCAACAUCUGUCAUAUCUUUGAGUCCAGAUGAACUAAGUGCAUGCAACUUUCACAUAAGGAGCUUCUACUUAAAAAAAAGUAUGGAGUAUGCAUGUUCUCUGUUUCGUUUA